AUGUCCGAACCGGCACAACAGACCACCACCCUCCCGCUGCACACCACGCGAGAGUCUGGCGACCGACGCGGUACCCAGCAGGAGAAGAAAAGAGCCAGCAGCGGCAGCAGCAGCGCAGCGUCGUCGGCCCAGCAAAAGACAACAACGUCUUGGACGCCCAAUUUUGAGCGUCGGCAGAGCUGGAAUGCGCAGGACCGCAAGCACGAGCUGCAGAUGGCGGCGCUGGAUAGUGUCCGGACCGGUCCUGGAUUUACCGAGCGGUCGCCUUGA